ACACGCCCAGCCAACUCGGGACUGAUCAUUUGGCAACAUCAAUCUCAUCAUCACCAUCAACAACACGAGCCGGACGCCGUGUAGCAUCGGGAUACAACCUUCUACACGUGGAAGUCACCUCACGCCGGCCAAUGUAGCGGAGACUCGUGCGCCAAAAUGCCGUACGACCGCACAGUGCAGCGCACGACCACAACCUCGCGCAAUGGCAGAUACCUUCCACCACCUCCUCCGCCUCCAUCCAGAUCGAGUCGCAACAACUCCGUCCUAGGCUACUGGGUCCCUUUAAUCGCCAUUGGAACAAUCGCCGUUGGUGGAUUAGCAGCAUGGGUUUGGUCAGAGCGAGAAAGCGAUGAGGAAUAUCCAGAGGACAAACCCGCUAGGCCGCCGACAGAUGCUGGAGCCCCGUAUCCUGGUCCUAUGGGACAGAACUAUCCAGCUGGAGGACCCGCGCAUCCCCAGGGGGGAUUCCCGGGUCCAGGUGGCCCGCCACAACAGCAGAUGCCUCCGCCGGUUGGAGGUGAAGCUGCCAGCUACUACCAGGGAUCGCGAUCCACUGGCACAACACAACGGACUGAUCAGACAUUCCUCAGUCGUGUGUCUGGCGUGAUCGGUCGAACACCAAGUCCGCAACAAUUCUUCGACCAUGCUUCGCGACAGGUCAGCGCUGGCGUCGCUGCAGCCGGUGCCGCAGCCGGUGCUGCGUUGAGCAGCAUCAUGGAGGAUGACAGGCACGAUAACCAGCCCCAUGCGUCCGAGCAACGCCGUACAGAGGGCUUGGACCGUCGCGAAGAGAAGGAAGGCUUUAGCGACCACGAACGAUGGAGCGAAGAGGCAGAGGAGAAGCGACGCUCUGAAGUCAGCAGCCGCAAAGACGACAAGGGAAAGAGCCGGAAUAAGCGCAGCGUGGCUAUUGUCCUCAGCGCUGACGUCGAUGAAUACGAGCACGAUGACAGCUAUCACAAUGAACACGGCUCUAUCCUAUCCCACCUUCCCGCUUCCUACGACCCAACACAAUCAGACCUCUUCAUCCUGAUCUACACCCCUACCCUACAAUCUCUCCCUCCAAGCAACUACCAACCCGCAUCAACUCGCGCAACCUCUAGCCUCGGCGGCAGCUACAGCAACAUCGGCACACCCGCGGUGACUCCUGGCUCCGAACUCGCCAGCAUCUCGCCUCGGAUCCUGCCUUCGGACUCCGCAACCUCGCACUUCGACGCUCUCUACACUCAAGCAUUGGCACUCGUGCCACGCUCGAGCCACAUCAUGCCCUUCACCACGCCCGAUGGUUACGUCGCCAUGCUCCGUCACCUCGCUCCUCAGGUCGUCUACGUCAGCGACACGCUCUCCGGCAAGGACGGUGAGAGUGUCGGUGGCUUGAAGGGCUGGGUUGGACACACCGUUGUCGUUGUCGGUGAUGACGGACAUGGUGGCCUCGCGGAUACUGAGACCGAGACCGAAGAUGAGCGCGCUGGAAACGGCAAGCGGAAGGAGAAGUACCGAUGGUACGAGCACUCCAGCAUGGUCGGUCUGGGAAAGGAGGUCGAGAUUGUGGAUGCUGCGAGAGUCGGUGACGAUUGGUCGAAGAGAGUUGGUGGACGGGAGUGAUCGGUUUUGCGCGUCGGUCUGAGGCUCGAUCUGAGAGACAGGUUGAGUGGUGAUCUGGUGUGAGUAUUUUAUUAUCUAUCGAGUCGCCAUGGUUUAUAUCGACUUGGGUUUCAUCACUAUCUGGCUAGUAUAGGUCAUGUGUGUCCUAACGAAACGAAAUGACAUCCGAGUUCGAUGAUCAGAUAAUAGCUGCAUCUACAUCCUCACAUCGGGUCUUUUCUUCCUCAAGACCAUCACCAUUCAUGUCGCGUGAUGCUUCCUUCGUCCACGCUUCAGCGUUCGUUACCUAAUAGAUAGUAGCAAAGAUUACAGCAGUUCCAUCUCUCACGCUCC